UGUGCAGUGAUUUGAAUAGAUCGCUAUCUCUCAGCUGACUUCACACGGGAUGGAAGAGGAGCCGGACGUCGGUGUUCCUUCGCGGACGGAGAGGAAAGCGCUGGAAAAGGCCAAAAUACUUGAACGAGAAAGCGAGAGGAAGCUCAUUAGACUGGUCGGACGGGUCCUGAAGAAGCCGGAAGCCGAGCGGUCGGAGGAGGAAGCCGCCGUGUUGCUGCUGCACAGAGACACGGUGGAGGAGCUCCGCAAGAGACAAGUCCGCACGAAUGUGCUCAAGAGGAAGCAGGAGGAGCAGUACGAUGAUGCGGAUGAGCUGAAGAGCAAAGUCAAGCAGCUGGCCGCGGCAGUCGAGCAAGCGAAACACCUGGUGAUAUACACCGGAGCCGGCAUCAGCACGGCUGCGUCUAUCCCAGACUACAGGGGCCCCAAUGGGGUGUGGACACAGCUGCAGAAGGGCCGGACCAUCAGUUCGUCCGACCUGAGUAAAGCUGAGCCGACCCUCACGCACAUCUGCAUUCGAAUGCUUCAUAAGGAAAAGCUGGUAAAGCAUGUUGUUUCUCAAAACUGUGAUGGGCUUCACGUGCGUAGCGGUCUACCAAGACACGCCCUGUCUGAGCUUCAUGGAAACAUGUUUAUCGAGGUGUGUACGUCCUGCUCCCCGGUCAGGGAGUGCGUCCGUUUAUUUGACGUGACGGAGCGGACGUCGCUGCACCGCCACGGGACGGGCCGCAGGUGCAGCGACUGUCGCGGUGAACUUAAGGACACCAUCGUGCACUUCGGUGAACGCGGUACCCUGGAGCAACCUCUCAACUGGAAGGGAGCUGCGGAAGCGGCGGACAUGGCAGAUGUUAUCCUCUGCUUAGGCUCCAGUCUUAAAGUAUUGAAGAAAUACGCCUGUCUCUGGUGCAUGAACAGACCAGCAAGCAAAAGACCCAAACUCUACAUUGUCAACCUCCAGUGGACGCCAAAAGAUGACCUGGCUGUGCUAAAAAUUCAUGGCAAGUGUGAUGAUGUCAUGAGCCUCCUUAUGAAGGAGCUCGGCGUUCAGAUUCCUGUGUAUGACCGGGCGGAGGACCCCAUCUUCAGUCUAGCCACAUCGUUGCUGUCGGAAGAGGUCAACAGCCACACUCGUGAGGUCAUAUCUCCCCACGAUGGGCAGGAGGUCUGCUCGCCUGGACCUGGAGACCGGGCAGAAGAAGCCGCGGCUGUGCAGGGCGGCUGGUUCGGACGAGGCUACGGCAAAGGGAGGAAGAAGAAGAAGAGAGCCGCGUAGUCGAGGGAACUUUACAGGCCGCUUGGUCGAGUAAAAAGUUGAGUCCCAUGAUGAGGACGAGAUGGACUUUAGAGUGCUGUUAUGUGCAUUGGUAUCAUUUAGUCACAUGCAAUGCAUGUGUGGGCGUGGAAAGGGCAACAUAAUUCUGAUGAUCUGUCAUUUGGAAAUAUGCUGCGUUGGUAGCGCCAGGUAUUAUCCCAGCACGGAGCCAGAGUGCCAAACCAUAGAACAAUAUUCUAUAUAAACAUAAUAUUAUUAAGUGGCAAUAAGAUGUUCUCAAAAGUGCUGAAAGAAGGUUUUGAAACCACUUCUGCAUUAUUAUUAUUAUUUGUUCAGCUGACACUGUACAGUCGGUAUGUUUACAAACUUGUAUUUUCAACAGCCUCCAGUUUGAAUAAGUCCAAGUGGUUUGAGUAUAAGUUAGACGUAUAUGGGCUUUACUCUACCGGUGUCCAUAGUAACAGUUACUGUGUUAUCAAACCUGUGUUACUUAUAGUCAAAUAUAUUUUUGUAGUCUUUUUUUCAGACUUUUACAACUUAUUGUUGAAUGUAUCUUUUUUUGGGACAUGGCUCGUUUCUUUUGUUUAUUUUACUUAAAUUAUUUCCAGAAGUCGCCACCCUUCAUAUCUGCUGUUUAUUCUCAGGUAGUACAGCUGCUAUUGAACCUUCGUUUACCGAAGUUGUUGAAUUUGUUUACAUUUUUAUUUCGACAUUUAUGGUGACUAUGCUCCUGUCAUAUAUUUAUCUACAAUGGUAUGAGAAGGAAAGCUGAUUAUUUUAUUUUUGAACUCACUUUCAUUACUUUUUGUUUGUGUUAAGUUACUGUUGUGAUUGUAAACAUCUAUAAAUGUGUUUAUUAAUCGAUCUCAGGGAGAUCCAGUGUUGUUAAUAAUCUCAUCAUGUACCGUGUGGGUGGGUUCAGGAGUUAUUAAAGGCCAGUACAACACC